AAGACGGACGGUUUUCCCUAGCGAAUGUGACUGCCUAUAUGAUCGUGACCAGAAACGAUAGAGAGGAAGAACAACCACCGAUGAAUGGGGAAUUUCAAGAAUUUCAAAAUCUUCCUAAAUCAGUUAUCGGUAUUUUUGUAUUAAGUAAGAAAAAGUUGUACAUGUGAUGUGGCAUCAUUAGUAAAAAGAAAAAUCGAAAUAACAAGAAAGUAAAAUAAAACCUAAAAAGGAAUGCAUCAUGUGAGAAGUAAAAUAAUUUACGAACGAUUAUUAGCCACCGCGAAUUAAGCUGAUUCGUUCCGCCAUCUUGAAUUAUACCGUGCUUUAUCGUGGCAAAAUAUUCUGUUCAAGGAGGGAACCACGGAGGGAACUGUCAGUACAUGUAUACAUACAUCUGUAAAUUCGUAUUAAGACGCGUGCCUUUCCACUUUCGAACCUCAAUCGAACGGGGUACAGACUAGUUUUAUAAUUCAGAUGUCGUUUUUACCACUUACACCACAUCUGCCAAUUUAAAUAGUAAAUUAACUUUUACAAAAGUACACCAGUUUUGUCUUAAAAUUAUUCGAUAAUCUGGUUAUUGUGCAACUUAUAUAUUAAAUUGCAUACAAAUUGUAAUUUACAAAUCAGUGAUCAGGAAGAUUUUUAAUCGUGUGGAAUAUCAGUCUGAAAAUACGGAGGAAGAAAAAUCUUUAGAUCGUCUGAAAAGAAUAAGCAGAAAUGGAAAACAGCUUUAUAAAGGAAAAUGUACCUUAAGUGAAAAUAAUGCAGAUAGCUUUGAAAACAUGAAAUACUCAAUGUUGCAAGAACAAGAAUACGGGGUAGGUUUACCUCAAAAUCUGGUGCCCAGUGAAAUGAACGAAUGUGUGAUGGUCGAUACAGAUCCUAUGGAAAUAGAAAGCAGUUCUUUGGAGGAAGCUUCUGUGGUAUCUAAUCUUCCGCUUUUAUUUGCCAAUGGACAUCCAACGUCAUUGGAAAAAAUUACUGUGACACAAUUAGAACGUUUUGUUACAUUCAUGGUUAAAUGCUCCUUGGGCCAUGAUACUAACGAAGUGAUCAGUGAACCGAGGUGGUGGCCAAAAGAAGUUAAAUUUUCAAAUCCUUUAACAAGACCUAAAAGAGUAAAUGAUAACUGGAUGGCCAAUUUAAAAAAAUUAGUAUUUAGAUGUUAUACAUACCAUAGAAGUGAAUAUCUCUUACGUUUUUGCUCAUAUCUUGCACGGUACUCGCAAGAAGAUCUACAAUAUGUUAAUAAUUGGGACUCUACAACAAGUUUGUAUCACAAAAGUACUGGCAAGCUAUUAGUGACAUUUCGCAAUGAAAAUAUGAAUUAUGAUAGAACUUGUGAAAGUCCACGAAAGAAGUUGUUAUCUUGUAGAGGAGUAAUUUCUUCCUAUACGAAACAGCAACAGCAUUCCGUUAUGAUGAAUCAUACACCAACAGGAGAUAUUUAUCUAUGUGAUAAUUGUGAUGCGGAAUUUAUAGGCCUAGAGAAAAUGAAGGAACAUGAAAGUGUAUGUUAUGAACAAGAACAUAACGGAAGCAAUUCUCGAUCUACAACUCCGGACUUGUCGAUUGUAGAGCCUGAAUUAAGGCAAAACCAGUUCUUGGAAUAUUUUCACUUGUGUUCAGUGAAAUCGGAAUCGAAAUCAGUUGAAAUUCACAAUGAUGCUACAGUUAAUAAUAACAAUAAUAUCAUUAGCCGAACCUCCCGCCGUGUUAGAGGGUUUGUAAAUUUUACAAGAUGUCCGACUAUUCCUUUUUCUUCUCCUGCUGGUAUAUUAUUAGCUAAAAGAUCCAAGGCAAUGACAGAAGAAACGCAACAAGAAAGGCUAGAAAGGAUAGAAAGACAUCUCAUUGCUCCUGUCUUAAACAGCUCGUCUAAACCAAAGUGGUUGCAAGCGGACGUUGAUAACGAUAAAUGGAGUGUUACAUAUAAACCAAAUCGAGAUAAACUGGCAUGCGAUUAUGUGCACCAAUAUAAAUUUGUAAAUUCUGUUAAAAAGAAACCAAUGUUGAGCAUACAAUCACAGUUACUGUAUGUUGUUUGUCGACCUGUUUUUGUUAUUCUAAAUCGAUUGACCCAGGAACAAAUACAUGAUUUUAAACAAAAUCAGCCAAAAUAUCAAUGUCUUAUUCAAAAUGUUUCUAUUGUAAACAAGAAAAUGAUAACACAUAAUGAAGGAAAAACAGGACCAAACGUUCCUUCAAAACGUAAAGCUCCAAGUGAUGAAAGUGACAUAAACACGAUGAAAGAAAACGUAGAAAAGGUAGUUGGCAAUGAAAUUAUCAAUGUAGAAUUAAUUGAUUUUGGAGGUAAAUGUUCUUCUGGCGAAAAUAAUACGACUACCAUUCAUUCAAUUAAAGAGAUCGCAUCGUGUAUAAGACCGUCGGAAGCGAUUGCAGUAAUCGAUCUAUGCUCUUCGGAUGAGGAAGAAAAUACAUGUACUCCUGCAUCUUCGAACGAAAAUAAAGAUUCAAUGAGUUGUUUAUCUCAUGAUGUCAAAGGUGUAACAGAAUCAUUCUUAGAAAAAUUUUCUUCAACUAAAUUUCAGUUAGAACAUGAAAAAUGCGAGUGGCUAUCGGAUAAUAUUUUAAAUAACGAUGUUGAAAAUUAUACAGACAAGUACCAUAGUACAAUGUUAAAUACAUUUACAAAUUUAUCCCCAAUCCUUAGACCAGCACCAUAAAAUAAUGAUUAUUUAGUAUAUAGUAUUCAUUGUAUGCGUGUUACAUUUAUUACAAUAUUUAUUAUUUUACUUUUAUAUGAUUUUAAAAUGCGUAAAAUAACGUUAAAUCAUAAUGUUUUAUUAUUUGCAGUAGACUGUCGAUCAUUACAAGAAACUCUCAACUGUAAAAUAACAAACUCGGUAUUUUCAUUAAAGGGAAAUGUCAAAUAAUAUUUGUUAUAUAAUAAAAGAUAAGCCUACGCAUUUUUAUAUAUUAUAUACUAUAGAGAAAGAGAAGAAGUUAAGGAAAAGAUAAAUAAAAUCGAGAUGAAUUGUUAAUUUUCUUUAUGAUAAACUUCGUUAAUGUACCUCAUUGCAAGAUGAUUGUAUUUGUAUUUUGUUUCCAUUUAUAUUUUAACAAAAAUUUUUGUCUUAUUUAAAAAUGCAUAUAUAUUUAGAACCAAAUAAUAAAUUACACUUUUCAUUCUU